AUGGCCGCCAUGGGCCGGUUGGGCUUCCUGGCCGUUGCAGUGGUCUUCCACUUGGUUUACAUUUAUUCCAUCUUCGAUAUCUAUUUUGUUAGCCCAAUUGUAUCUGGCAUGCAACUGGUUUCUGUGGACCGUCCCGCAAACACAAAGAGUCCUGCGGAUCGAUUGGUCCUUUUUGUCGGUGACGGAUUACGUGCCGACAAAGCGUUCCAAGCCUUUCCUGAACCAUAUCCCGAGUCGGACGAAGACCUUAUCCCCAGGCACUUGGCUCCCUUUAUUCGCUCCCGAGCCCUCCAGCAUGGAACCUUUGGUGUUUCGCACACGCGUGUUCCUACCGAGUCCCGGCCCGGCCAUGUGGCCAUGAUUGCUGGCCUUUACGAGGAUGUUUCUGCAGUGGCAACAGGAUGGAAACUCAACCCUGUCAACUUUGACAGUGUCUUCAACAGGAGUCGCCAUACUUGGAGCUGGGGUAGUCCUGAUAUUUUGCCAAUGUUUGAGCGCGGAGCUGUUCCCGGCCGUGUAGAUGCCUACAUGUACGCCGCCGAUUUUGAAGAUUUCUCCAAGGACGCCACACAUCUCGACAUUUGGGUUUUUGAUCAUGUCAAGGAUUUGUUCACCCAGGCUGCGACCAACAAGACCCUUGACCGAGCCCUUCGGCAGGACAAGGUUGUCUUCUUCCUUCACCUGCUCGGUCUGGAUACAACUGGCCAUGGUUUCAGACCUUUCUCCAAAGAAUAUCUGCACAAUAUCCAAAUCGUUGAUAAAGGUGUCCAAGAGGUGACAGACCUCAUCCAGAAAUUCUACGCAGACGACCGAACCGCAUUCGUCUUCACCGCGGAUCAUGGCAUGAGUGACUGGGGUAGCCACGGUGAUGGCCAUCCAGACAAUACUAGAACUCCUUUGGUCUGUUGGGGCUCGGGUGUGGCUUCCCCUGUUCUCCAUCCGGGAACAAUUGCCCCGGGCCAUGAUGAUUUGUCGGCCGAUUGGGGGCUGGAUCAUGUUCAGAGGCAUGACGUUGCGCAAGCUGAUAUUGCUGCGCUCAUGUCCUAUCUCAUCGGCACAGAAUUUCCUGUAAACUCCGUGGGCAAGCUGCCUCUCCCAUACUUGUCCGCAAACACCCGGCAAAAGGCAGAAGCGCUAUUAGCCAAUGCCCGCGAGAUAUUAGAGAUGUACAGGGUGAAAGAACAGAAGAAGCAAGCAAACGAAAUGAGAUAUAAGCCGUAUGGUGCCUUUGGCGAUGCAGGACUUACUCCGGCACAGCGUGUAGCCCACAUCGAUCAGCUUAUCUCCCUCGGAAAAUAUGAAGAAGCUAUUGAAGAGUCCGAUGCCCUCAUUAACAUUACGUUGGAAGGAUUGCGCUAUCUUCAAACCUACGAUUGGCUGUUUCUGCGAGCCUUGAUCACUGUUGGAUACCUCGGUUGGAUAGCAUAUGCUAUUACAACGGUGAUUAACUUGUAUGUGGUUCCGACAUCCACCGCGCCCAAACGCAGUACCUCAACCGUUCUUGGCUUUCUGUCCAUCCUGGCCGCACUAUAUGCGUCCUUCAUUGCUUCCAAGUCUCCUUCGACAUACUACGCAUAUGCCCUCUUUCCUGUUGUAUUCUGGGAAGAGGUCUACGCUCAGAGGCACAACCUGCAAGAAGGAGGCCGGGUGCUCUUUGGGCACAUUGAAUCAGCUAGCCAUAUUGCAGCCUUUACUGUAAACGCAGUUGUUUACUGUACUAUUGUAGUAUCUUUGGCCCUCGGCUACGUUCAUCGUGAGAUUCUGACUGGUCUGUUUAUCUUGGGAACAAUAUGGCCUUUCAUGUGUGGCACUUCCUUUAUCCGCUCAAAUGCGCUGCUCAGCACGACCUGGGCGAUAUCUUGUUUGGCCAUGAGCACUUUCACGCUCUUACCAGCGAUGAAAGUCGAGAACGUUGACCUGAUUGUGGUCAGCGGUGUGGUCAUGAGCCUGGUCGGAGUGUUGUAUAUGGCUUUUGAGCCAUAUGUACUCUCUGACUUUUCCUCUGAGAGUGCCAACUCCAGCAACCACACAAGUUCCCUGGUUGCUCGGGUGGCAACGGGUAUUCAGGUUGGCCUCAUUAUCCUUGCCACAUUAGUGACUCGCUCCAGCUCCCUGUCACUUCAAGCCAAGCAGGGCUUGCCUUUGGGUAACCAGAUCAUGGGAUGGAUUGUUCUUGUAUCAUCUUUUUUGGCCCCCAUGCUACAUCGGUUGUCGCCAAACAGCAAUUUCAUGCACCGCCUUGCCAUGAUUUUCUUCACCUGCGCUCCGACUUUUAUUAUCCUCACGAUUUCUUAUGAGGGUUUGUUUUACGUCGCUUUCUCACUCCUGUUGAUCAUUUGGGUACGUCUAGAGUAUCGCAUCGAGACGUUUGGCAAAAGCCAAACUGCCAGUGCGAAUGGGUCUGCGAAGACCGACAAAGCCGCAUUGUCGCAUCGACCGUUGCGGCUAUCGGACGCGCGCGUGUCCCUGUUUUUUAUGGUCUUCCUUCAGUCAGCUUUCUUCAGCACUGGAAACGUUGCGUCUGUCUCAUCCUUCAGCUUGGACAGCGUUAAUCGACUGAUUCCCGUGUUUGAUCCAUUUUCACAAGGAGCACUGCUGAUCCUCAAGCUGAUGAUCCCAUUUGUUCUCAUCUCCGCAAAUCUCGGUGUUUUAAACAAGCGACUUCAAGUGGCGCCGUCAGCAUUCUUCAUGGUGGUCAUGGCAGCCAGCGAUAUCCUGACUCUUUACUUCUUCUGGGUUGUCAAGGAUGAGGGUUCUUGGUUGGAGAUAGGAUCUACUAUCAGCCAUUUUGUGAUUGCCAGUCUUCUGUGCGUAUUUGUCGCCGCACUCGAAGGAGUCAGUGCUAUGUUCAUCAAUGGAAUUGAUGUUAGCGACGGCUCACCUCACAGCCAAAAGAUCCAGGCCAACGGCAACAAGAAUAAGAAGGAGACAUAG